GGAAACUGUAAAGUCAAUUUGAAAGCAACAGAAGGUCUCCAAAGUAGCCGGAGCUCCAUCCACAAACAGUAACAUUUGAUGUUUGCGGUUUUUUUUUAAGGGAGCAGACCUUUUGAGACCAACUCUGAUACCUUAUCUUAAAAUCACUAAGCUGUCAUCCUAAGGAGAAAGGCAUGGCUCACAUCGAAUCGAUGGUCGCUUUGAAUGGGACUCAAAUAUCAUACAUUGGACACAACUCUAAGGACAUCCCACACUUCCUUGGAGACACAUAUGGCCAGUUUGCAAAGCGGCUGGAUUUAAGUUUCAAUGAGCUCAGGUCACUGGCAGGCCUCAAAAUGUUCACUGAGCUGGAAGAGCUGAUCGCCGACAACAAUCUGCUUGGAAAUGACCUCCAGUUGCCCGUGUUACCAAACCUCCACACCCUGACACUUAAUAAAAACCAACUGACUGAUAUCGAGGCCCUGCUGGAACACUUGGCUGAUGUGACCCCAUCACUCAAGUACCUAAGCCUGCUGGGAAACGAGGCCUGCCCCAACCAGCUGGUAAGCCCGGAUAAGGAUGAGGAUGACUACCAGAGAUACAGGUACUUUGUUCUAUUCAAACUGCCCCAGCUGAAGUUUUUGGACACCAGGAAAGUAACUAAAACAGAACUGAUGGAGGCACAAGCAAGAGGGGCAUUCAUGAAAGUGGUCAAGCCCAAGUCGGAAGCUAUGCCUAAUGAGGCAGGAUCUGAGAAUUGCCCACUACCCUACACCCCUCUUCCACGGGGAUCCAGAGAUGCCAGGAACCACAAAGGGGUAUUUGCCAAGUGUCGCUACAUCUACUAUGGCAAACACUCAGAAGGCAACAGAUUCAUCCGAAAUGAUCAGCUCUGAUGGACAUGGAGAAGGACAUGAAUAACAAUGGAUGCUCACAGCAGGGCAGAGGAUCACAUCCUUCUCUUAUUUAUUAAAACCACUGGUGAUAUUUGAGUCACCCGAUCUGCUGGAGAAAGAUUUCACUUUUAUCAAAAUAUGCUGUUAUAUUAAUGCAAGACGAAUGUGUAUUGUUUGGCUUUAUCAUUUUCUAGCCCCACUGUGAAUGCCUCCUCUACUGAGCUGAGUCUAGUUCUGUCUUCCUGCUUGCAGCUCAGAGUCAGAGAUGACACUCCCACUGACAUGAUUGCCUCUAAGCAUCAGCUGCUACACAAGUCAAGACACACAGCUCACACACACGCAAGAACAGUCUCUAUCUCUUAUUGUCUUACACACAGGCAGCGACAAACAGACCCAGCCAAUUGCUUCCCUUUCUUUGACAGCCAUGAUGGAUCACAUGUCCACUCCCACCACUAAUCAAGGGUGAAAGGGGUGCCGGUCACACACCUGGGCCCUGACAUGGACUCUUCUCCUUCAUUCUCACUUUCUCUCUGUCUUCUCCUCCCACACAUACACAUAUACCUGUGGUUUAAAACAUGGGAGAAUGUUAGCAACAGAAAUCAUCGACUCUUGCUUAGUUUGCAUCAGACUUCAGAUUGUUUGUUGUGCUCAUAAAAACUUAAUUAGUUUUGUCAAUCUUUUUAGUAAAACUGAAAAUCUUUUUAGAUGUCAGGCGUUUAAGAUAUAUGAGUAACGAUGCAGUCAGUGUUUGUGCCAAAUUCAGCAUAUAAAGAUAAAAACAUUCCAUUACCAACUUUGGUAAGGACUGCCGUUGCUACCAAUUACACGUUCCAGCUACACAUUCCAGCUCUAGUUUAGGCACCUCUGGUCAAAAUUACUUUUAUGAUGUUAAGUAAAUAACAAAUGAGCCAAUAUCUACAAGCCGUGAAAUAACGAGAUUAUGGAGUAUCUGGAUUUUUGUUCCACAGAUCAAGUGUACAGCAAUACCUGAUCAAAUGUGACCUCAUUGAAAAAGUCAGAGGAGUUAUUUUAGAAAAAGUCAUGGGCCUCCACAGAGAUUAAAAUCCAAGUUUUUGGCUGCAAUGAGAAAGGUAUAUCUGGAUAAAAUAAAGGAUGAAGAAUUUAACGAAAUAUCUUUAGUUUUUAAGCAUUGGUUUGGAUGGAUUGGUCUUGUGUUACAGCCAGUACACCAGGAAACUUUUCACUGGACCGAGGAAAAAUUAGUUUUGUUAAAUCCCUGCAAAUUCCAGAAGCAAAUGUCCCACCAUGUGAAAAAAAAAAAUAGUUUGGCUAAAAUAGUAGGCUAAUGAUCCAAAGUGCAUAAAGAAUUACUUCCAGAGGCACAAGAUGAAGAUUUCCCUAUGCCCAUCACAGUCUUUUGACCUUAAUA